CCCUUUUUCCUCCCUUCCAGAAUGUAUAAAUAUCUGUGAGCUGUUGAGCAGGGCUCAGUGUUACGGACCUGUCCUGAGAGGAAACAGAACAAGAAAAAGAAAGACAAGAAGAAGAAGAAGAGAGUACAAGACAAAAAGAUCAUCCGAUAAGAGCAUGAAAAGAAGAGAUACCUGAGAAAGUCAUAGAAAAACUAGGACUGUGUUGAAAGUGAUAAGACGAGGAAUCCAGUGCAGAGGUGAGAAAGAGGAGAGCAGUUUUUCCACACCUGCUUAGAGAAGAGAGUGAAGAAGAAGAGUGAACAUACCCACCAGAGAGUGGUAUAGAGAGGAGCCUUCAGAACAAACCAGUACAUUUAAGCCCUCAUCUGAGUAGAAGAGCCAUUUCCAGCAUGUUACUGCUUCUGUACGUGUGCAUGUGCACACUGCUGCUGAAAGGUGAAGCUCAGGACCGAGCGUCUCUGUGGAGGGGGAAUGAUCGAAACGGGCGAUGCCUCUACACCUUCACCGUGCCCAGCCCCAGCGAGGCCAGCUGCCCCCAAACUGGAGGUCCAGAGGUGGAGGGUCUGAAGGCCAGACUCAGCCUGCUGGAGGCACUGGUGUCCAGACUGACUGGGGGGGAGAUCGGGGUCCCCGGAGCCGGGACAUCUGCAAGUCCUGCAUCUCUGUCUGGGCUUCAGGAGGCUCUGAACCGGGCCAUGGGAGAGAGGAGUCUGCUGCAGGGCGAGAAAGAGCGUCUUGAGAGGGAGGUGGAGGGGCUGCAGCGCAGGUUGGAUGAGACGAAGCGGGAGACGGAGAAGCUGAGGAACAGACCGUGUCCCCCACACACGGCCCCAGUGCCAGUGAGCCCCCAGCUGCAGGACAGUGGAAUGAUGAGACCCGCAGGAGUAUCCAGUUCUAUGUCUCACCUGAUCGGCAGACCCAACAGGCAUGGAGACACCAGCAGUUUGAGAGACCCUGCAUGGCACUAUGGACAUCCAGGGUUUCAGGAGCUCAAGGCAGAGGUAACAGAAGUACCUGCUCCCGAUGCCUCUGAAGACAGCACAGGCUGCGGGGAGCUGGUUUUAGUGGGUGAGCCAGUCAUUCACAGGAAGGCCGACAACAUAGCUGGUAAAUACGGUGUGUGGAUGCAGGAUCCAGAGGCAAUGUCCCCCUACGGACCCAGGAUGGUAUGGCGCAUUGACACUGUGGGCUCGGAUGUUCGCAAGCUCUUUGGAUAUGAAGACAUGGAACAGCUCUCCAAAGGCUUUCCCACCAAGGUGCUGUUGUUGCCAGAGGCAGUGGAGAGCAACGGGGCCACUCUAUACCGAGGCUCACUGUACUAUCAGAGACGCCGCAGCCGCACCAUUCUCCGCUAUGACCUGGCCUCCGAGAGCAUUGCUGCCCGCCGCGACCUGCCCCACGCUGGCUUCCAUGGCCAGUUCCCUUACUCCUGGGGUGGCUACACUGAUAUCGACCUGUCGGUGGAUGAACAGGGGAUGUGGGCUGCCUACUCCACCAAUAAGGCCAAAGGAGCCAUCGUGAUCUCCCAGCUGGACCCGCAUAGCCUGGAGGUGAAGAAGAGCUGGGAGACCAACAUCAGGAAGAACUCCGUGGCCAACUCCUUCAUCAUCUGCGGCAAGCUGUACACUGUGGCCAGCUACACGUCACCCAACACCACCAUCAACUAUAUGUAUGACACUGAAACCAGCCAGGGAAAGGCCAUGGCUAUACCCUUCAGGAACAAGUUCCGCUACAACAGCAUGAUUGACUACAACCUCGCUCAAAGAAAGCUCUUUGCCUGGGACAGCUUCCACAUUGUGUCCUAUACCAUAAAGAUGGGGCCCAAGCAGGUCAACUAGGGCCAAAGGUUUGAGAGACACUGAAAGUGAUUGGUCAACCCACAUAAGUAACAGGGUGCGAAUGACAAUCUCUCAUCUGUCCGGCUUCAAAGACUUAGAGCUUCAGAGCAUAUCAGUGUAGUGGUCAGAAUGUGAGACACCAUCUUUAGUCAUGUGUAAAAUAGCUGAACUACCAAAUUGCAGUGUGAGGUAAAGGGUCCCCCCUCACCCCCGCCAAUCUCUUGUUUUUCUCCUAAGUGGGAAGGCUUUCAAGGUGGCACAGUCCACCGACAUGUUUAUAGAGUAAUUAUUUUUCUACUGUCUUUACAUCAGUUGUGUGAUUUUGAUCUUUUCAUGAAUACCUACAGAGGGCAGAAUGGUUUUCAACAAAUAAAAGCAAUUCCACCACAGAGGAGGGGUACAGAAUGCAUAAAGCCCCAAAAGCAAUAAAGAAACCUGUGGCGUGUCAAGCUCCCUACAGUGAUUCACCAGUUAAACAUGUUUGUCGUCAAACAUACUGCUUCCUCCCUUGGCAUGUAUUGAACUGUUGCAUGUGCCUAUGCAUUGUAGUCAUCACUCGGUGUUGUUCAAAUUCAUCAUGUAAUAAAACAUGUUCCUAAACCAUCA